AUGUCAUUAAUUCAAUGUUAUUCGAUUGCACUUUCUUCUAUUGCUGGUGCUAAUCAUCUAAUUCAGGAUGAUAACACAUUAAUAGCCCAGAUUUUGAAUGAUGUAGCAACUAUAAAACAACAAGAUAUUGAUGAAAAGCGUUAUUUUCAUACAUUAAAUGAUCGUCUUGAAGAUUUACUUCAUUAUUUAGAUGAUUUGGAAUUAGGAAAUAAAAAUUUAUGUAAUAACCUUAAUUUAUUAAUAGCAAAUUGGGGAAUCGUUGAAGAAAGUCAUGCUCAGCUCUUACAUGAACUUGAUAAUUUAUUACAAUAUUUAUCUGAACAAAAUCGUCGUAAAAUAAGUGUACAAAUUGAAACAAAAAUAUUUGAUGAACAAAUACAAUUAACUGAUCGUAUUCAAUCGAUUUUUCUUGAUGUACUUAAUUCAUAUAAUGAAAAACAUGAUAUAUUACAUGAUUUAAUAAAUCAAUUAGAAAAUGAAUCUGAUAAAAUUCAACUUCGACUUGACAUAAGUAACAAUCUAAUAAAAUCUCAUGUGGAUGAUUAUCAAAAAGAAUUAACUAGAUUUCGUUCUUAUCUAUCAGAAUGGUCACAAAUGACAUUAGAUAAACAAAAUUUACUAAAUGAAAUUCAAUCACUCAAAGAACAUUAUAAUCUUCGCUUAGGUUAUAAUCAAGAAGAAAUUAAUGAAUGGAAGCGUUUAUUAAAUCGUUUAACACAAGAUUCGAAAAUUUUUUAUCAAGAUUCUUUAGAAAUAAUAAAACAACAAUUACAAAUUGAUUAUGAACAAAUGCUUAAAGAACAACAAAUGGAUGUUGAAAUAGAAUUAAUAACACAAUUAAAAGAAAUACAACAUAAAAUUCAUAUGAAUUUAUCUAUUGAUGAAAAUGAUAAACAACGACAUCGUGAACGUACUCAACAUUUCGAAAAUCGUCUUCAAGAAAAUACAAAAGAAUAUGAUCGUCUUGAAUCUGAUUAUCGAAGAUUAACUGAAGAAAUUCAACAUAAACGACAAAUAUUACAAGAUCUUGAAAAUCAAGCAAAAACAAAAGCACUUAAAUAUGCUGAACAACAUGCUCGUCUUGGACAUGAUACUGAUUUAAUACGUGCAGAAUAUUAUGCAUUAAAAGAUGAAUUAGAUAAAUUAGUUUAUACACUUCGUUUUAAUAUUGAAGAAGAAUUAAAAAUUUAUGAAGUUUUAUUAAAUUCAUUAGAUCGAGGAAAAGAUGUUCAUUCAUCUCUUAAUAAAUUAACUCAUUCUCAAUUAUCCAAAACCAGUAUGACAAGAACAAUAGAUAUUGAUCAUUCAUCAAAAUAUCAAUCUCCAAUUACAUCAAGAGAUAUUAUAUCAACAACAUUUGAUAAAAGUGGAAUUGAACAAAAUACAAUUAAUCAAAAUCAAAAGAUGACAACACAAACAACACAAUCUUUUCUUCAUGAAAUGGAUGAACAACAAAUGGACAUAAGUACGAAUAAAAAUGAGCAACAUAUGUCUGAACGUGAUGAAGAAUAUGUACAAAGCAUAACCCACGUUAAACGUAAAUAUAAAGGAAAGAUUCGUAUUAAAUCUGUUGAUAUUCAAGGUUACUUUGUUGAUGUUGAAAAUAUAAGUAAUCAACCACAUGAUCUUACCGGAUGGUAUAUCGAACGAACAGUUGACGGUCGCCGUAUGAAUUAUACAUUUCCUGCAUUUGAACUUGAUUCACAUAAAACUGUUCGAAUUUAUGGAAAUUAUGAUCAACAAUCAUCAAUAUCAAUGACAGAUGAUUCUUAUUUACAACUUAUUGCACCAAACUUUUAUGACUGGAAUACAGGACAACAAAUGCGUACAGAACUAUUUAAUCGUGAUGAUAUUAUUAAAGCAUUAUUUGAACAAAUAAUAGAUGAUUAA